AUGUCCAAUCUUAUAUCCGGGGAACGUAUUCCUACAUCGUCAGCAUUGAAGUGGUUGCAACCGAAAGUCAGCAAGGAAGGUGUCAUCCGAGUUGGUGGAAGACUCGGCAACGCCCCCGUGUCCGAAGAUGUAAAGUUCCCAAUUGUCCUCUCGUCGAAGCACCGGUUAUCCGUCCUGCUAGCCAAGUACUACCACCAUAUGCUGCUCCAUGCCGGUCCCCGGUUGAUGCUUUCUUCGAUUCGCCAGAAAUUCUGGAUCAUCGGUGGCCGUAACUUAGUUCGCCGCACGUACCACCAAUGUCACACGUGCUUCCGCAACAAACCCACCCUGGUGCAGCAGAGUAUCGCCGACCUGCCUACAACAAGAGUGACUCCGACCAGACCAUUUGCCGUAUGCGGUAUUGAUUACUGCGGUCCCGUAUAUAUCAAAUCUCCGGUGCGUAACCGGACUCCUACUAAAGCGUACAUCGCAAUAUUUGUAUGCUUCGCUACACGUGCCGUCCAUAUCGCUUGUAUCUGA